AUGGCGCAGUACUUCUUCGACCUCCUCUACACCUUCACAGAUUGCAUGUGCUGUUUCCCCAGCUCACCGCAACUGAAGAUAAAUAAUCGCAAUUUCAAGCUCUUACGACUCCUAGGCGAGGGCGGUUUCUCCUAUGUGUAUCUUGUCCAAGAUAAAGCUACCUCCGAAUUAUUCGCUCUCAAAAAAAUCCGCUGUCCCUUUGGUCAAGAAUCCGUGUCACAAGCUCUGAAAGAAGUCGAAGCCUACAACCUCUUCACCUCGGACAACAACAUCAUCCACUCCAUCGAUCACUCCGUCUCAACAGAAUCCGGUUCCAAAUUCAGAUCGGAUGGUGGUGAUGCGGGCUCCAAAACCGUCUACAUCCUACUACCAUACUACCAACGUGGCAACCUCCAGGAUGCCAUCAACGCCAACCUGGUCAACCACACUCGCUUCCCAGAGAAGCGGCUGAUGGUGCUGAUGCUUGGAGUCGCCAAUGCUUUGCGAUCCAUGCACCAGUAUCGUGUCCAGAGUGGCGCGAAAUCUACGCGCAAAGCAAAGGGUGUUCGGCGAGAAGGCGAGGAGGCGGAUGCGGAACGGACAAUGAAAAUGAAGCCACAGCGACGAGCGAGCCAACGUGUGCAACAAGAGCAGGACGAUGACGAGAAUGAGCCAUUGAUGGAGGACGAGGUGACGCGCAGUCAGGAAGGCGUCCAGGAUGGCGACUUGCGUCCAUAUGCGCAUCGCGAUAUUAAGCCCGGUAACAUUAUGAUCGACGAUGAUGGUCAGUCACCUAUCCUCAUGGAUCUCGGUUCUUUGGCACCCAGCCCGAUCGCUAUUACAUCCCGAUCCCUGGCCUUGGCGGUGCAAGAUACAGCCGCGGAGCAUAGCACUAUGCCAUAUCGUGCCCCUGAGCUGUUUGACGUCAAAACAGGGUCGAUCAUUGACACAAAGGUCGACAUCUGGUCCCUAGGCUGCACUUUGUAUGCAUGCUUGGUCGGAAAGAGUCCCUUCGAGGCUCGUAGUGAGGAAACCGGUGGUAGUCUGAGUAUGUGUGUGCUCGGUGGUGACUGGCGAUUCCCCGACGAAAAGUCCAAUGCCACCAAGGGCAAGGGAAAGGCUGGUGACAGUGAUGAUGUAUCCAAGAGCAGCGGAAGUAGCACGAUCAGCGCCCCAGUCAAGGACAUUGUUCGCAAAUGUCUUGAAGUGGAACCCUCCGAGCGUCCUGACAUUGACGAAUUGAUUGAUCUCAUCAAGGAUGUCAUCAAUGAAUUGCCGGAUGAUGAUGCAGCUGGUGCAUCCCAUUAG